UUUGCGGAAGCUAUUGAGCGACUGUGUCGUCUUUGAAAAGAGAGGAAGAACUGUGAAAGAAGUUACUACUUCAUAAAGUUUAAUACUGUCUUAGGGCACAAACACAAACUAAACCGUGUACCGCAUGAUUAACGUCAGUAUUUAUUUCGUCUGCUCAGCUCCUCUCACUGAUAACUUAGCUGCUGGAAAAGCUAGUCAGAGUUGGCAGGUAUGUCCAAAUCAACGAGAUGGGACUCAAAAGAAAAACAGUCAAAACACCUUCCGAUCUAUAAGUACAAAGCCAAGCUGAUUCAGGCUGUCAAAGGCAGCACUUUCCUGGUUGUCACCGGUGAGACUGGCAGCGGCAAAACUACACAACUUCCACAGUACUUAUAUCAAGCAGGUAUCUGUAAAGAUGGCAGUAUUGGCAUCACCCAGCCCCGCAGGGUGGCUGCAAUUACAGUGGCCCAGAGGGUAGCCCAUGAGAUGCAAUGCACUCUGGGUAGAGAGGUUGGCUACCAAGUCCGCUUUGAUGACUGCACGUCACAGGACACGGCGGUGAAGUACAUGACGGACGGCUGUUUGCUCAGAGAGGUCCUGGCAGAUCCUGUACUUUCUCAGUACAGUGUUGUAAUCUUGGAUGAAGUCCAUGAACGCAGCCUCAACACUGAUAUUCUCCUGGGUUUACUGAAGAAGAUGUUCUCCAGCCCUGCUAAGGCCACCAAGGGCCGAGCUAUCCCUUUGAAGGUGGUGGUGAUGUCCGCCACCUUGGAAACGGACAAACUUUCAUCCUUUCUCGGUGACUGUCCCGUCUUUGCUAUUCCUGGGAGGACUUUUCCCGUCACCUGCACAUUUGGUUCUGCUGUAGGACCUAAAGACAUAGAGAGCACUGGUUAUGUAAAAGAGGUUGUCAAAAUGGCCCUUGAUGUGCACACCAGUGAAAUGGCUGGGGAUAUUCUUGUGUUUUUGACAGGUCAGUCAGAGAUUGAGCGUGCCUGUGACUUGUUGUAUGAGAAAGCUGAGACUAUAGACUACCGCUACGAUGUACAGGACCAAACCGUGGAAGGCCUUCUUAUUUUGCCUCUUUAUGGUUCCAUGCCGACUGGUAAAAUACAUGCCACAGCUGUUACAUCUUAUUAUUUGCCUAGUAAAACAACAUUUAUCCUUUUCUGUCUGGUUACAGAUCAACAGAGGCAGAUCUUUCAGCCUCCACCGUCAGGAAUAAGGAAGUGUGUAGUGGCCACCAACAUUGCAGCAACAUCUCUCACCAUCAAUGGCAUAAAGUACAUCAUAGACAGUGGGUUUGUGAAGCAACUCAACCACAACUCAAGGGUGGGCAUGGAUAUCUUGGAGGUGGUGCCAAUUUCAAAGAGCGAGGCUCAGCAGAGAGCAGGCCGAGCUGGAAGGACCUCAGCCGGGAAGUGCUUUCGAAUCUACACCAAGGAAUUCUGGGAGAAGAGCAUGCCUGAAUAUACAGUUCCAGAAAUCCAGAGGACAAGUCUGACCGCAGUGAUACUCACACUCAAGUGCCUUGGCGUUCAUGAUGUCAUAAGGUUCCCUUAUCUGGACCGUCCAGAGGAAAGGUUUAUUCUCGAGGCGUUAAAACAGCUCUACCAAUGUGAUGCCAUCGACAGGAGAGGUAGAGUGACCCGACUGGGGGAGCUGAUGGUGGAGUUCCCCCUGCAACCAGGCCUUACCAGGGCCGUGCUCAAAGCUGCCUCGCUCGGCUGUGAGGACCUGCUGCUCCCUGUGGCCGCCAUGCUGUCUGUAGAGAACAUUUUCAUCAGGCCAGGCCACCCUGAGAAGCAGAAAGAGGCAGAUAAAAAGCACAGAGCCCUGGCUGCCAAGAGCGGCGGUAUGAACGACUUUGCCACACUCCUCAGUGUGUUUCAGUCAUGUAAAUCCAGUGACCGACCCUCAGCGUGGUGUAAAGAUAACUGGAUCCACUGGAGGGCGCUGAAGUCAGCCUUUAGUGUGGAGACUCAGCUGCGAGACAUCCUCCUCCGCCUCCAGAAGAAGAGAGAUUUUCCUGUAGAAACAUUUGAUGGCAAUAAGAGUGAACUCUUCAGGCGAUGUCUGUGCACCGGAUACUUUACCAAUGUUGCCAGAAGGUCUGUUGGCAAGGUGUUUUGCACAAUGGAUGGCCAUGGAUCAAUGGUUCACAUCCAUCCAUCAUCAUCGCUGUUCGACCAGGAGGGUGAGCUGAACUGGGUCAUCUUUCACGAUGUGUUGGUGACCUCACGGGUGUAUAUUAGGACCGUGUGUCCUAUUCGAUAUGAGUGGGUGAAGGACUUAUUACCUAAACUCCAUGAGGUGGACGUCUACGAACUGAGCAGUGUGGCAAGAGAAGAAGUGACUGAUGAGGAGAUGAUCAAAUGGGAGACCAGGGAAGCGGCCAAGAGACAAUCAGAGGUUUCUACUGAGGAUGUCAUGAAGAAGCUGGAGAAGCGAAACAACGAAACCACUGUCAGCGAUGCUCGUGCUCGCUACCUGCAACGAAAGCAACAAAAACAGCAAAGUAAAGCGCUCUGACAGAAAGUGCUUGCUUUUGAGGACAUUUAUCAUGCAAUGUAUCACAAAGGAGCAUUUGGGGGAACUUGUAUCUGAAUAAUAAACAUUUGUUACAUUUAUAACAA